GGGUGUAUACAUAUUUCCUGUUUCUCAGUUUUGUACAGCUCGUCACAUAACUCUACUGCUUACAUUGAAGUGAGUGAGACUUAAACUUGUUUUGGGGGAGCUCUCAUGACGUCAGUCGAUCUCUUGGACAUUCUGGAGGAGUUGACAGGAAAGGAGUUUGAUGACUUUAAGUGGUUCCUGCAGCAGGACAGCUGCCUGGAAGGCCUCCCAUCAAUCAAAGCAUGUCAGCUGGAAAAAGCAGAAAGGCGGGACACCGUGACUCUGAUGGUACAGAUCUACAGACUUCCAGGAGCUGUGGAGGUGACCAGAAAGGUUCUAGAAAGGAUCAGCAGGAAUGACCUGUUGCAGAGCUUGUCUUCUCUCUCACACACACAGGCUCCUCUUCCUCACCCUGAAGAUGUGGUGGUUCCAGUACCAGAGCCUCGCCCCAUCAAGUUUUUCCAGCAAAUACUUCAAUCAAACUUCCAGGACAAGUUUAUGUGUACCCAAGAAGGUUGGACAGAAGAUAAACAGCGUCUGGUUGAUAUCUACACAGAGCUGUACAUCACAGCUGGGUAUGAUGUACAUAUCAACACACAGCAUGAGGUCCGGCAGAUUGAGAAAGUAUGGAAGCCAGCAGAGCCAGAGAAACCUAUUAGACCCACAGACAUGUUCAAACAUCCUUCAGGAGACUACAGACCCAUCAAAACAGUGAUGACCAAUGGAAUCGCAGGAAUUGGAAAAACUUUCCUUGUUCACAAGUUUGUUUUGGACUGGGCUGAACAAAGAUCCAAUCAAGAUGUGCAUCUGAUUUUCCCCUUCACCUUCCGUCAGCUGAAUCCUCUGAAGGGAGAAAAGUUCAGUUUGGCAGAGCUCAUUCAUGAAUGCAUCCCAGAAACUGUAGGCAUCCCACAGGAGGCUCUUAAUUACAUCUUUACAGAUGUUCAGUCAUCAGGAAUCACCAACUAUGACAAGAGUAAAUUCAAACUUCUGUUUGUGUUUGAUGGGCUGGAUGAGAGCCGCCUUCAUCUCGACCUUCAUUCUGAAGACAUUCGCUCUGUCGAUGUAACAACGGCAGCUAAAACAGAUGUCCUGCUGAGGAAACUCAUCAAUGGGAAACUGCUACGCUCUGCUCGCAUCUGGGUAACCACACGGCCUGCAGCGGCCAAUCAGAUCCCUCGAGAGUUUAUCAGCAGUACAACAGAGGUCAGGGGGUUCACCGACCCACAGAAAGAGGACUACUUCAGGAAGAGAGUCAAAGGUAAGGAGGAGGCUGACAAACUCAUCUCCCAUAUCGUGACAUCACGAAGCCUCCACAUCAUGUGCCACAUCCCAGUCUUCUGCUGGAUCACUGCAACAGUUCUGGAGGAUGUGUUGAAAACCAGAGAGGGAGGAGAGCUGCCCAAGACUCUGACUGAGAUGUACGCAGAGUUCCUGGUGUUUCAGAUUGAUCGGACAAAAGAAAAGUAUGGCCCAGAGAAGAGCAUUCAAUACGUUAAGUCAUUAGCAAAACUGGCCUUUGAGCAGCUGGAAAAGGGCAACCUGAUCUUCUAUGAGAAGGAUCUGAGACAGAGCGGCAUUGAUUUCAGUGAAGCCUCGGUGUGCUCAGGAGUGUUCACAGAGAUCUUCAAAGAAGAUCGAGGAAGGAAAGGGAAAGACAAGAUGUUCAGCUUCGUCCAUCUGAGCGUUCAGGAGUUUCUGGCUGCUCUUUAUGUGAGGAUGUCGCUUAUAAAUAGCAACAAAAAUGUGAUGCUUUCACCACCGCUGUCUCUGCGCAUUCUUCGACUGCUUUUCAGUAAAAUAUCUUCAAAGAAGAUCCACAGGAUUUCGAUUGACAGGGCCUUACAGAGUUCAAACGGACACCUGGACUUGUUCCUUCGCUUCCUCUUGGGUCUUUCACUGCAGACCAAUCAGGAUAAACUACAGAGCCUACUGAAAAAAACAGACUGUCGGUCAAAAACCAACCAGAAAACAAUCCAGUAUAUCAAGGAGAAGCUCAGUGAGAAUCUGUCUCCAGAGAGAAACAUUAAUCUUCUCCACUGCCUGAAUGAACUAAAUGAUCGUUCUUUAAUAGAGGAAAUCCAACAGUAUCUAAGUUCAGGAAGCCUCUCCACAUAUGAACUUUCUCCAGCUCAGUGGUCAGCUUUGGUUUUCAUCUUACUGUCAUCAGAAGAACAUCUGCAUGUUUUUGACCUGAAGAAAUAUUCUGCUUCUGCUUCAGAAGAAGCUUUUUUGAGGCUUUUGCCAGUGGUCAAAGCCUCCACCAAAGCUCUAUUGAGUGGCUGUAAUCUGUCAGAGAGAAGCUGUGAGGCUUUGUCUUCAGUUCUCAGUUUCCAGUCCUCCAAUCUGAGAGAACUGGACUUGAGUAACAACAAUUUGCAGGGAUUGGGUCUGAAGUUGCUCUCUGCAAUACUGGAGACUCCUCACUGUACACUACAGAGCCUCAGGUUGAAUCAAACCAAUCUCACAGCAAAAUGCUGCCAGGACUUCUCACUAUUUCUCAACUCCCAGUUCUCCAGUCUGAGAGACCUGGACCUGAGUAACAAUGACCUGAAGGAUUCAGGAGUGAGUCUACUCUCUGCUGGAAUGGUUCAUCAUCACUUUAACCUACAGACGCUCAGGUUGAAUCAAACUGGCCUUACAGAGAAAUGCUGCCACCAAUUGUCGUUGGUACUCAGCUCCCAGGUGUUAAGUCUGAGAAUGCUGGACGUGAGUAACAAUGAUCUGCGCAAUUUAGGCGUGAAGCUACUCUCUGCUGGACUGAAGGAUUCUGACUGUGCACUAGAGACUCUCAAGUAAGAAGAUUACCCCUUGCAAACAGGAGGAAACUGUCAUUGUUUUUAUAUAUUGCUCCAGAACUAUGUUUGGCAAAAUCGGCUCAUUUUGUUACUCUAAAACAGUACAAGAGUUGACUUAAGCCUUCACAAUAACUUCUAAGAUUAUUUGAGAAGAUUGUUUUAAAAUAUAGCUCUAAUCCAUUCACUAAUAACUGUGGCAAAGGACAUCUAACCCCUAACUGCUAACUAUUUUCUUUGUAAGUUUGCAUCUUUGCAAACUUUCAAUACCUAUGAGAGUGCUUUGGUUAACCACUAAAUUGCCUUGCUGAGUCACAGCAGUUACAGUAGCUCUUCCAUGCUUUGUUGCUUGGUUAUUUGUCACUUCUUUUUUACUCCUGGGAUUUUCAUUUUUUUUGUUAUUUUAGAGUCCAGUGUUUACACACAAGACUAAAUUACGGUACUGAGCAUGUCAGUGAUACUACAUGGAACAGCACUUGUUAUCAUUGACGAGCUACAGAGGAGACAACUGGGCUGAGAGAUGAGUUAGCUUCGGAGCUGGUGAUGAGAGAGAUGAGGAAAUAUAAGCUGACCAUUCCACUGUCAUUAUGUGAUGUCCUUGGACAAUAUGAAGGAUGACCUCAGAGAACUUAUUAAGACCCAGAAAAUACUAAAUGUUAAGUAUGAUGGGUUUCACAGAAAGGUUUUUAGGAGGGAUGUCGAUUUGAAUAGUAAGAGGAAACAUGUAGAAAGUGCACUGAAGACAUCCUAUGUCAGAUUUCACCUGGAUUAACAAGGUCUGUGUCAGGUGCAGAGGAACUAGGAUACAUUGACGAGAAGUGGAACAAGAAUCCAUAAGUGAACAAGGGAUGAGAAUAGGGACCUGUUGGAAUGGAAAGUAAUUCCAGCUCAAAGGGUUACAUGAAGUGGAUGUGGAUCCUAUGGACACCCAUUCUUUGACACCCAACAUUUGGACCAAUGGCAAAACAACUGGUAGUUUAGUGUUCCUUAGAGAUUGAUGAUGUACAACACAAGUGCUACGGCAAGGGGGUGCCAUCAGGUCGUCAUCAUCCCCACCCUCCUAGAUUGGGUGACAUUCUUGAGAUGCUUGGCUACAACUUGAACAGCCAAAAUCAAGAUAGCACAGAAGUUAGUGGCAGAAAGUUGUGAUUAAGAAAUGGGUGACUAAGAAGCACAGAAAGCUGUCCAUACCUGAGGCCUUGGGAACUGCUAAGCAAAGACUCACAG